CUCCGUACACUCUUGGGAACCUUGGCCUCGAGCCAACAAUGCCGGUCGCCCGCACCCUAAGCUAGUACAGCUCCGAUAGUCGUCCGGGUUAUUCGCGGUGCCGGUGCUCAAUCGCUGCUGGACCGGCAAAUGCCUUUCAACUUGGUGUCGCGACUGGCCGACAGGAUGGGCAACACGAGCAUCACGAGACAGCGCAGGGCCUCGAGGAGGGCCAGUUCGGAGGGUAACGAGAAUGGCCCUCGGGAGGAUGGGGAUCCCGAGCGCGAGGAGCUCUGGGCCAUGAAGAGGCUCAUCAAGGAGAGGCCCGGCGCUUUCAUACUCGACAACCUCGUCCUCUCCGUCCAGCUCUUCUCGAACUACGAACGGGAAAUGGAGGAGGCCCGACGCAAGUUGGUGGCAAAGGAGCAAAAGAUCAACCAAAAGCUCCUGCCGAUGAAAUCGGUCCUGAUGCCGGACGUGCUGCGCGAACACUUUGCCGAUCGAGUGAGGUUUACGGCCCGACCUGGCAAAUCGGACAACGACGAUGUCACGGUCGAACCGAUCCGGCCCAUCAGGCUAUACAUGAUUUACGAGAAUGUCCUCGUCGCGGAGGUCGACGAGACGCAGCACUACUACAAUCCCACCGAGCUCGCCAUCGAGUACAACUUUGUCCUCAGGGAAGCCAAUCACAAAGGCUACGCACGACUGGAGCAGCGUAAGACAACGGCUCCGAAAGAAAACGGCCUGGACGUCAAUGACGUCUCGUCGAUCGUUGAAAACGAAAGUGAAGCGUACAGCGACGAUGGCUCGGUGUACGGUCCCAUAAGCAAACGGAGGGUCCCGCUGGCGCGGUCGACGUCCACGUCCAUGCCCGAUCUCUUUGACGAGGACAAUUACUACGAGGAGGACAACGCGAGGGUCACCUCGAACGGUCAAAGUACGCCGAGAUCAUCGCAGAGACCGGCAAACUCGGGUAGCUCGAGUAGCUCCGGGUACACGACGACCGCCUACGGCCCGGACAGCGACAGCGACUCCAGCACCCCGAGCAGUGCUUACCCCCGCGUUACGUCUCGCGGUGGCAGGAAGACAAACUCGUGGCUCUUGGGCUGCGACAUACCCGCGGAGUGUCUGAAAACGGUGAUCUUCACGUACGACGGCCGGAUCUACAACCCGAAGCGCGAGCCCAAGGCCCUGACGCGCCAACAGAGGCGCAUACGAGACGCGAAGAUAGCCAAGAACAAGGACAUUGUGUACGUGAACGGGUACAAGCUCGCCAAGUACUUUUACGAGGGAUUCAAGGCCCAGGCGGGCCGGCUCCUCGGCUUCGACGAGCCGAGCGUGAGGAACGCCAAGCGAUGCGACGCCACCAUCCGACUCGAGACGAUCGAGCACCUCUCGCCCAAGGAUCAGAGCGCGUACGUGAAGAUCGAGGCGUACGAGGUGGUGCCGUGCUUCGCGAGUCCUUGGCCGAGGUGGGCGCGGGGUUGGUUGGACCGGGAGCGUGCCGAGUGGCCGAGCGACGAGCAGCUCCGGCGAGCCGAAAAGUGCGGCUGCUUCCUCGUCCCGGAGACGUCGCGGCUCCACGGCCCCGCCACCGACGAGCCCAACCACCACCAUCCCCUCUGGAAACUCGACUGGAGCCUCAAUUAUCCCGCCGCCGAGCGUUACCUCGAGACGUGCCUCUCGGCCAGCCAAGCCACGGUCUACGCGGUCUGCCUCGUCCUCCACAAGACCUUCCUCAGGGCCCUCGGCCCGAGCUUCGGCCUCGACACCGGACACGUGCGCAACAUGGUGUUCCUCAUGGCCGAGAAGAACCCCGACUGGUCGGUCCUGCACAUGGGCCAGUGGACCCUGAAUUUGCUCGAGUCCCUGCACGGUUGCAUCCAGCAGCGGGCCAUGUCCGAUUACUUCAUGCACGAGCGCAACUUGUUCGCCAGCGUCAACGCGGACGAUCUCUUGCACGCCCAAAAACAAUUGAAGCGCAUCAUCGACAACCCGGUGCUAUUCGUCCUCCACGCCCUCGAGGGCAUACAGUACGAGAGAGUUGACGCGGAGGUGUGCCGGGGUGGUGGCUGCCUGUGCUGUUAUCCGCGCCUCGACCACGCGAGGCUGCUCAAGCUCCUGCUGACGCGCCACGAGCUCGUCCUUCGGAACUCGAAUCUGCAGGUCAGCCACGAGGAAGCGCACGGCUCCUCGUCGGCUCUUGGGUACUACUACGCGAGGCGCGACCCCGUUGGCAAGGACUUUUGGACCGAGGCCAAGCAAAACAGCCAACAGUACAUCAUGCAAGCCUCGUCCCGCAGGCGCACCGACAGGAUCGCCGUCCUCCCAAAACGCGAGCACGACUCCGUCAUCGACAUUCAGGAAAAGUGCGAGCCCCUGACGCCCAUCAGGCUGUCGAUGAUCCUCGAGUUUUUCGCGGAGCACUUUCUCAGGGUGGCGCGCUGCUGCCACGAGAGGGGAGCCACGAGAUCUAAGCGCGCCUACUUGGACCAGGUGAAGCUGUUGGGCAGUUUGUUGGCCGAGGAUCAGGAUUACCAGGACACGGCGCGGAGCUUGUUGCAGCAGGCGCGCGAGCUGUACGACCGUACGAGGCCGCCAGACGUGCCUCCGAGGCCGGAGAUCCCGAAGCGAAACAAUGCCGAUUCGAGGACGAGUAGACAAGUCAGUUACGAGGGGUGUAACGGGGAAUCGGCCGAUAAUCACACGGACGGGGCUGCGAGAGGUAGCUCGGAGGCGCCGGAGACGUUGUUGGGCCGUAACUCGGACUGGCCGAUUUUCCUGCAGAGUCCGGGAGUGCCCGGUGAGCCGAAAGCGCUACUGAGGUCGCUGAGAAGCCUUGCCGAUCGGCCGAUUUUCACCAAAAGACAGGUUGUUGCCUGUGAAGAAGAAGAAGACGAGUUCCCGGCUGACGUGGACAAACGAGGCACGAGCGGUGCCGAGGGAGACGAAGGGGAGCCCAAGGGUGUUGCCAACUCGGAAAUAACGCGGUAGAUUAUACGUAUACAAUCUGGACACUACGUGAACAAGUUUCUUCAAAUUAUGUAUAUAUAUAUACAACCAAACGUGAAGCAUGUGUUUUUUUUUUUUUUUCUUCUUCUUUUGUCUUCUGUUAUCUGGUUGUUACAAAUGAAACGAGAAUUACAUACGUGCGCAAUAACAACUGCACUGCACGUGUAUGUAUAGAUUUUUAUUUUGCGUAUGAAUAUUUCAAGAUUUCGUCCCUGACGAUCAGCCAAGCGUAUAUAUUUUGAUAAGAUGCUUUUUUUCGUUACUUUUGUCUACUCUGUGUGUACUUUUUGUAUUAAUGAUUUGUUGUCUAAUCAUACGUAUAUUUUUAUGUGAUAAUAAAUUAAGUGAU